AUGCCUCGCUUCAUCCCCCGCUUGAGCGCCCUUACCCUACCCACCCGGCUCAUCCCCACCACCCUACCCACCCUUCUCGCCCGCCCCUCACUCCUCACGUUGCCUUCAUCAUCCGUAUCCGCCACACCUCGCCUCUUCUCACAAUCAUCAUCACCCUUCUUUCCCCGCGCACGGCUAGCCCUCUCCUCCGCCCCCUCCCUCCUCUCCCUCCUCUCCCUAUCGGCCCGUCCGUCCUUAUCGGCCAGUCCCGUUCAGACACAGAUAAGGACACUGGCGUACGGGACAACAUAUCAGCCGAGCCAGCGGAAGAGGAAGAGGAAGUAUGGGUUUCUGGCGAGGUUGAAAGGAGGGAGGUUGGGGAAGGCCGUGCUGAGUAGGAGGAGGAUACAGGGGAGGCGGUUCUUGAGUCAUUGA